ACUAUUGUACCUCCAUAACAAUUCCUAUUAAAAUCUUCUAAAAUUAAAUUACCAUAUAUAGUCACAUUUUCUUUACACUUUGUGAGGUCUAAAAUGUUGUCCAUUUUUCACAAGGGGUUUGCUCACCCACCUGAAGAGCUUAAAAGCCCUGCAUCUAACAGUGGCUCCAACAAGCCUAAGAUUCCUGAGGAAACUCUAAGAGAAUUUCUUUCUCAUCAUCCCCAUAACACUUUUUCUCUGAGUUUUGGUCACUCUGCUGUUCUAGCUUAUACUCGUCCUGAUCCACCUUCCUUUGUUCAUCAAAGGUUGUUUUGUGGGAUUGAUGACAUAUACUGUAUCUUUUUGGGGAGCUUGAACAAUUUGUGCUCACUCAACAAGCAGUAUGGUUUGGCAAAGGGCACCAACGAAGCCAUGUUUGUGAUUGAAGCUUACAAGACACUCCGUGACCGUGGUCCAUACCCUGCAGAUCAAGUUGUGAAGGAUCUUGAUGGCAGCUUUGGCUUUGUUGUCUAUGACAGCAAGGUUGGCAGUGUCUUUGCAGCACUGGGUUCUGAUGGUGGAAUUAAGCUGUAUUGGGGUAUUGCAGCUGAUGAAUCUGUGGUAAUCUCGGAUGAUCUAGAUGUCAUGAAAGAGGGGUGCGCCAAAUCCUUUGCUCCCUUUCCACCAGGGUGUAUGUUUCACAGUGAAGGAGGAUUGAUGAGCUUUGAGCAUCCAAUGAACAAGUUGAAAGCAAUGCCUAGAAUAGACAGUGAAGGGGCCAUAUGUGGAGCCAACUUCAAGGUUGACAAGUACGCAAGGGUCAACAGCAUACCUCGAGUAGGAAGCCAGGCUAAUUGGAUGGAAUGGACCCAGCAUUAGCCCAAAAAAUAAAAUAGUUUAAAUGUGGAUUUAGUUUUUAUAAAUAUAAUAAAUUUUUGUUUUACUUUCUAAA